UUCAUUCCAAACAGCUUUCUUAUUCUUAUAUAAACCUUUUUUCUCUCCACUCCCCCACUUUCCUAAAUCCCAUCGCUCUCUAUUUUCUCUCUCUGGCCAACAAUUUUUCCGAUGACGACUGACGGCUGGGUGGAGGCGGCGGCGACAGAUGACGUACUAGUGGCUGAGCUCUUGUUACGAAUGAAACAUUCUAAUCCGACAAUCACUCAUCGAAAACCAACAUCAUCAAAGAUUACUUCAGCUGUUGCUCCGAUUCGGUGGGGUCACCGGAGGAGCCGAUCAAAACCACCCACCGGAAAAUAUAAAGAACAAGGUGGCAGCCCCACCACACAUCUUUCUUGGAGCGGCGGCGGUGGGUCUACUAGUGAUGGUCUUUCAGAUCUUGAAUCCGCUCACAAAUCUUUCAAGCCAAAUGAGGGUGCAUCAACUUCUAGCUGCAAUAAAUCUCUUGAAAGAAAGUCUUUUUCUGAGCUUCAAAAUGUAGAAAAUUCAUUACUGAAGACAAAAACACAUAUAAACAAGGAAUUAAUGUCGAUGCGUGUGACGAUGAAUGAAGAAAUGGCGUCAAGUCAGAAUUUGAAGAGAGUCAAGAUUAAUUUAGAUGAAAGUUCAAGAAACAGAAAGGGGAAGAUGGUUGUGGACGAACAACAGAUGGAACUACAGUCUCUGGAUAACAAAUCUCUUCAGAUUUCAUGUAGAGUAGAAGCAGAAAGGGAGGGUUCACAAAGAGGUUUUCUUUUGCCGGAUUUAAACAUGGCGUUGAGCGAGGAUGAUUUAAUGAUGAUGAGCUGAGGUCGAAAAAUAAAAGAUUAGGAAAGAUUUCUAAUGUUUCUUGAUCUUCACUUGGUAUAUUAUAUAUUUAUUGACAUUGUAUAUAUACCUGUCCACAAGGACAAGGAAUGCCAGUGGGGAGGAGAAGGUUCUUUAGUGUAGUUUAAUGUAGGUUUUGGUAUAAGAUCAGAUGAUAAAAAUGUAAAGAAUUUUGGUAACCCUUUGCAGGUUUUGAUUUGCAAUUCUAAAAUUUAUUAGAUUUAUUGAUUGAUACAGAGUUUCUGAGUA